GUACACACACGUGCAUCUAGACCACACAAAAUCUACCCUUCUUCUCUCAGUCAGUGGUUCUCGAUUCACCUUCUUCUUCUCUCUCUACACCAUUUUCUUCCCCUCCAAUCACAAACCCUAAAAUGAGCUCAAUUCAAAUCCCAAAUCCAAAGAUAAUUAUAGCAUUAAUAAAGAAUCUACAUUUUACAGUUGUUUAGAUCUUUAAACCAUUCCCGUUCAGUAGCAUGAUAUGGCGAGUACAUCAGUAUUAUGCAAAAACGAUGGAAGUGGCUGGGAAGUUGAAAUGUCUGAUGACUGUGAACUUAUAAAAGAUGAGAUUCUAGAUACUUUAAAUCCAUCUUCUAAUGGAAAUAAUGACUACGAUACGGUUGAAUUGCCAAUUGAAGCAACAGAAUCCAAUGUGGAACCGUGUAUUGGAAUGGAAUUUGAAACAUCGGAGGAUGCUAGGGAGUUUUAUGAUAAGUAUAGUGUUCGCAUGGGUUUUACGAUACGGAAUACUCGCAUACGUCGUUCGCACAAAGAUAACUCGGUUAUAGGUAGGGAAUUUGUUUGCUCAAGAGAAGGUUUUCGUGCUAAAAAACAUUUGAAUAGAGAAAAUAGAAUUCUUCCGCCAAGGCCAAUUACUAGAGAAGGAUGCAAUGCAAUGUUGAGAGUUGCUGUGAAAAAUGGAAGCAAAUGGGUUGUUUCUGGUUUUGUUAAAGACCACAAUCAUGACUUAAAUCCUACCAAAGUGCCCCCGAGGCGGUUCCAUAGAAGUGUAUUCAGUGAGGAUGAGAAGGAUAAAAAGAUCAGGGAAUUGUCAACAGAAUUGCAGCGUGAGAGAAGACGAUGCGCAUCUUAUCAAGAACAGCUACGUCUGAUUCUCAAAGAUAUUGAGGAACACACUCAGCACCUUUCAUUAGCAGUUGAAAGCAUGGUUACUAAUGUGAGAGAACUAGAGUCCGAUGAGUUAGAUUGUUCACAAGGCAAUAAUCAGAUAAUAAAGUAGUACUUUCUGCUUUCAAAAGAUAAUUCAGUCAACUCAUAUAUAUCUCUAAAGUUGCACUGCAUUCAUUCUAUUGGUCUGGCCUGAGUUAUCUGGGAUCAUUAUACUGGUCUAGCCCGAGUCAUCUGAGAUCACCUCGUGUACGGCCACGGUAUCUGCAGACUGUAGCCUUUAAACUGUUCCCUGCAUUGGAUUGUAGAGUUUCUAGAAAAUGAUGACCAGCUGGGAUUUACAAGUUGUAGAGUUUCUAGACCACCUCUCAUGGGAUUUUGUUAAAUCCAAAGAGUCCUCUAACACCAAACAGAUAGAGAUUUCUGGCAGCCAAGGAGUACCCCAUGUUGACAUGGAUAACAAGAUAAAGCUCGUUGCUUUUACACUGAUUAAUGUUUAAAGUUUCUGACAAGAAGCUUAGCAA